GCAGUCGGUAUUUCUGUCGACAUCGCAAGGCGAAUUUUUCAAAAUCACGACGCGCCGUAGAAAGUACAUUUGUGUGUGCACUGGAGAUGGUGCGAGACAGUGCUUUAGCGACCUGAUUCGGCAUCGAGGUAGCGAGGCUGUUCGACGGAGGUUGAUGUCACACACGUCAGUCGUUGCAAUAUUUAAAUUAUCUGUGUUUCUGUGACAUUCAAGGAAGUCGCCAAGUGCCAAACAUGGUGGAUUCCUCAAAGUCCAGUGAGUUCCUGGUGGGCGUAGCCCAAGAACCGUUUGUGAAAUUCAGACGGUUUCGCGACGAGGAAGUUAGCCCUUACGAACACUUGGGAGGUGAUGACCAUGUCGAAAUCGGCGACAGUAGCAGAGACGAGGAAAUCCGGAAGCGAGUCGUUGAAACGUUGGACGAAGAUACAUUUACUGUGGAGGAUGCAGUGGAAGCAAUUGGAUUUGGAAAGUUUCAGAUUAAACUAUCACUGCUUGCAGGAUUAUGCUGGAUGGCUGAUGCCAUGGAGAUGAUGAUACUCAGUAUUCUCUCACCUGAGCUACAUUGCAUAUGGAAAUUGAAAAGUUGGCAAGAAGCUCUCAUCACAACAGUAGUUUUUAUCGGCAUGUUCAUGAGCUCAACAAUAUGGGGAUCAAUUUGCGACAAAUAUGGCCGCCGCGUGGGUCUCAUCAUGUGUUCUAUAUGGUUAUUUUAUUAUGGCGUGCUCACCGCAUUCUCACCAACGCUUUUGUGGAUGCUUUUGUUGCGAGGACUUGUUGGAUUUGGGAUUGGAGGGGUGCCUCAGUCUGUAACUUUAUACGCUGAGUUUCUUCCAUCGACUGCAAGAGCUAGAUGUGUUGUUUUUAUUGAGGUAUUCUGGGCAAUUGGGACAUGUUUUGAAGUGGCACUGGCACUGGUUGUCAUGCCGACCUUGGGAUGGAGAUGGCUGCUGGCAUUCUCUGCUAUUCCUGUUCUAAUAUUCGCUGUCUCCUGCUGGUGGUUACCAGAAAGUGCCCGUUACCAGGUGGCAUGUGGGAAACAAGAAGCGGCUUUUGCUACCUUAAAAAGAAUAGCAUUAGAGAAUAAUAAACCAAUGCCACUUGGUAAGCUUGUGAUCAGAGAUAAAACAGAAAAACGAGGAAAAUUCAGUGAUUUAUUUGUACCUCAACUAAGAAUGACAACUAUAGUAUUGAUGUUUAUCUGGUUUGCCAAUGCAUUCUCUUAUUAUGGUAUUGUGUUGAUGACCACAGAAUUAUUCCAGUCUGGUAGCUCUUGUCCAGCUACGAAUGCUGCUAAUACAGCUGGGUCACCAGAGAUAUGUUACACCGACUGUAGAGGCUUGUCUACCAAAGACUAUGUAGAUUUACUAUGGACCUCAAUUGCUGAAUUCCCAGGUCUGGUUAUUACAUUUUUUAUUAUUGAAUGGAUUGGUCGCAAGAAAACCAUGGCAGUAGAAUUUUUAGUUUUCUCAUUAUUUACUUUUCUUAUAUGUAUAUGUACAACCAGAACGGUUUUGACGAUAUUUUUAUUUAUAGCCAGGGCUUUUAUUUCUGGUGCAUUCCAGGCAGCAUACGUCUACACUCCAGAGGUUUAUCCAACCACGGUCAGAGCAAUAGGUCUUGGUGCGUGUAGUGGAAUGGCGAGGGUUGGUGCGUUACUGACACCGUUCGUAGCUCAGGUCAUGUUGAGGAUAUCCGAAUAUUUAGCUAUCUCCAUAUAUGGAAGUGUAUGCAUACUUGCUGCAAUCGCGUCAAUGAUGUUGCCGAUAGAAACCAAAGGAAGGGCUAUGCACGAAACUCAUUCGGACAGUCGUAAAAGUGGUGCGGAAGAAGGCGCUCCAAACAACUAAGAAGAAUACUGCCCGAUUUAAAAGUAUACACUCAACUUUUUUUUAAAUGACUUUAUUUUAUAUAUGUUCAUUAUACUGACUUACUCGUUACUAAUUUAUUGUCUUUUACUGAUAUGUUCUGUUUUGGCAAGAUAAACGUCACUUUGUCUUAAAUUGCAAUUCUCAACAUUCUUGGUUCAAAAAGAACUUGGAAAAUUGAAAAUGAGAAAUAAUCUGCUUUCGCAGACAUCAUCAGGAAGUGCUGAUAAGCAAAGGCUGACCCACUCAUGGUUUUAAUGAACAAGUAUAUUGUUGUCAAGUUUUUGUCAAGAGAUGAGUUUAUAGAUAGUUUAUGUUUUAUUUUAACUACAAUUUUAAAGCAUCAUUUUUGUCACGCUGAUCGCAUUCUAAUUACAUAUAAACAAUUGAUUUAUCUUGCAUGAUGUCGCAUUGGGGUCGCAUGAAACAUACUAUGAUAUACGACCGGAUUGAGCAUGCCACGGUGUUGUCUCCAUGGAUCAAGGUGUUGGGCUAUAUCAAAUACAACUAGUUUUGAUCGGUAUCAAACACGUCAUGGUGUGAGCCCCUAUCGAAUAUGCCUUGGUGUAGUUCAAUAUCAAAGACGCUGUGGUGUGGCCCAAAUUGUACAAGACAUAGUACAACGACAAUGGUGCUUUACUAUUCACUGUAAAUAGUAAUUUAUUGUAUCAUGUAUGUAAUUUAUUGAUUUAUAGCAAAUGCAAUGCAUUAGAGAUACUUCCAUUAGGCAUUGUUUUUGCUGAUUUCACCAGGUAGCAAAAAUAAACUCCAAGUGAGAA